CAGCAGAUCACCGAUCAUGGAAAGAGCCGAAGAUGUCGGCUCGGUCAUGUGAUCAGCUGUGUCCAAUCACCAAUCACAGCUGAUCACAUGGGACAUGUACACUGAUCUUUAGGGCACUGAUGAUCAGUGUGCCCUGAUGAUCAGUGUAGCCCCAGCAGUGCCACCUGUCAGUGCCCAUCAGUGCCACAUCAAUGCCACAUAUCAGUGCCUGCCAGUGCACAUCAAUGCCACAUAUCAGUGCCCAUCUAAGCUGCCUUUCAGUGUCACCCAUCAGUGCCAGUCAGUGCCACCUAUCAAUGCCAAUCAGUGCCACCUAUCAGUGCUGUCAAUCAGUGCCACAUAUCAGUGCCAGUCAGUGCCAGCCAGUGCCACCUAUCAG